AACGCAUUUUCAUUUCUGCAUUGCCAAUGUCGUCACAUGUGUACUUCCUCAUAGACAGGCGCGCUGUCGGCCACUCCCAGAGCGCCGUGGGCACAGUCCUCGCCCAGAUACUCGUAUACCUGGCGGCGCAGCACCAGCGCAUAUCAUGGAACUACGAGCUGGUUGACCUAGAGUCGCGCCCCAAGCCCACCACCGCACAGCACAAGCGCAGCGUGCGUGAACGUAAAGCGAUUGAUGUCGAAACCGUCGACAAAUUCCUUGCAGAAAUGCACCAAAUGCCCAACGACAGCCUGCCAGCACCGGUCUGCGCACCAAUCGAGACACUGCAUGCACGUCUCAUGUGUCUCGAGGCUGAUGUCGAGUGGGGAGAUCCAGCAACAAUGCGGUCACCGGCACGUAACAACCAGACGCGGACAUGGACCGACCCGUCGCGCAUCAAUGAGUCCAUGUCGGUACAAAAAUACAUGAUUGUUGUUGGCUCCGCACCUGGAUCGCUGGCGGCAUUACGUGACUUUGUGCGCGGACCUGCUAUGCACACCGAGUCCCAGGAUGAUGUGUCGCUGAUCGAACAGCUGACGGAGCUGCGCGACGGGGUCAUUGGCAAGGGCCUGUGGGAGAGCUAUGCGAGAAAACGCGUCGGCAUCACCUUUGUGAGCAUGGCGCCAAAGCGAGCCAUCCCAGGCAUGGAUCCAGUCGACAUACUGAUUGAGAGCGUGUUUGAAAGCUGCUUCGAGUCGCUUGGUGGCUGUGUGGUGCCGAUCACCAGUCUUCUGGUUCGCGGGCUGCCAUUUGCUGCUGCGUUUUCGCUGUGGCAUCGUCGCCGCACGUACCCGAGCUGGAGCCGCAAGUUUGCGCGCGAGGUAUCCGCAGUCAUUGACCGAUUUUCUGACGAUGUUGACGAGGAGCCGCAUAGGGAGUGGUCGCUGGCAAUGGAUGGAGCGCAAACAACCGUGCAGCUGCGGCAGCUGCCGGUUCCUGAGCGACAAUGGUUGACUGAGGGUCGUCUCCAUCGGAGGUACGAUCUGGCAGAGAUGGUAGCAGCUGUCAGUGACUAUAAACAGGCAUAUAUAGCGAAAGACGGUGAUAGCGGCUGCAGAUCAGUGCUGACAGCGAUUGGAACAGCUCCCUUGAGCGUGUGGCUGCGGAUUGUCCGUGCAGUAGGUACCGUGCCUCCGAUCUACUGCAAUAUCGACAAGGGGCAGCUGCCAAAAUGUUCGAUCACUAUCUGCCGCUGCUCUGUACCAGCUGCCCCUGAGCCAACAAAAAGCUGGGCGCUCUUUCAGCCGGCUGCUGCUGUGCAGUCAUACCCUUUGGCAUUGGUUGUACCGGUUUCAAACCAUACUGCCGCGAUCUAUUAUAUCAGCGACAUAGCCUAUGCGCAUAUCUCUGACAUCAUAUCGGAAUAUGACGAACAGCGUUUUGUUGAUCCCACCGACCCGCCAUCCGGUCACUUUGAACCAUCGUGGAUGGAGAGCUGGUGCUGGAAAGAUACCGCCUAUGACUUUCCUGUCCAGGGGCUGGACAGAUGUUCAGUGGACGUGGGAUUCCACGAAUCGCAAUUCGACUGCUCGCUGCUCGGGUCAAAAGACAUUGCCAGUGCACUGUCUAGCCCCGUGCAUGUGCAGAACCCGACUGACAGGGAUGAUCCAGAUAUACAGUCUUGGGGAUCAGCAGACGUGGAUAAUGCGGAUACACGCAUAACUUCACUCGAGAUGUGGUAUUCGAACGUAUACCUAAAGACUGUCACUGACACAAGCCUGGCCUUUGAUCGGGUUCUCGACACCUUGGAGCCGCUCUGUCUCUCAGACGAUGGUGACAAGUCAUCGACAUUAAACCGGUUCGCGCAUGACAUUCUUCUGACUAGCACUGACAUUGGCGACUUUUUUGUGACAGGCAGGAGUGGUAGCUUCGACAACGCAUUCCAGGAGAUGCGUAUUAAUGUGGCCAAGGAGAUCCCUGACAACAGUACGCAGCAGCAGUACUCGUGGCAACUGCAAGAAUGCCGGGUUCAGAUCCUCCUGCACCUGUUUGUCUUGGACUAUGCCCGGUCCCACAACAAGGAUUUGGUCAACGGGCACACGCGCGAGACGCUGCUGGAGGCACUGCGCGAUCUGGUCGAUCAGCUCUGCAUUUGGGCAUCGCUUGAUGAUGUACCUAUUUCGCCGAUUUCUAGCACCACCAGCACUACUGGCAACCUGUCGAGGUCUGACUCGCUGUCAUCUAUUGUAAUCGAUGCGCCUAAUGACCUGGCCGGCGCCUUUAUCAGCAGCCCGUGCAUGGCACAGUUCGACGACACCUUGUGUGAUGUUCUAGAGGAGCUGCGGAUCCAGUGCGGCUGGGUGCCAGCUGAUCGAACCGAUGGUGCCCAGGCCACGCCUGUGGCCAUGUCGCCAGAUAGCAAGCGGCGCAAAGGCACUCCGCGGCGGCUGCGGAGCGGCCAUUCGAUGCCAAAGUCUGAAGUCAUUGUGUUGCAGCGGCAAAACAAGGUGCAGGCAGGCAUUUCAGGUCGCCGUUUGGCGCGACACCUCGACGAACUGAUCAGCAGCAAAAAGCCAAAGCUUGAAGAGGCAGUGGCCAGCGAGCCCCGGCCGAGUAGUUCAGCUGAUGGAUCCGGGCGCCUGCAGGCAGCUCGUAAGCUGCCAUCGCAUCUGCUGAGGAAGAUCAAGAGCGAGGUGGUAUCGACAGCACAACGCGCUCCAUCUGCCAGCCAUAUUCCCAAUGCACAAACGCGCGCCAAAAGAUAGACAGUAAUUGCAAAUGAUAGUAUAUCCUAUGCUGUUCAUUUGUACAAAGCCAUAUCUGCAGACAAGUUAUAAAGCGUUACUGCAGAGAGUUGUAAAUGAAGUAGCAUGCUUGUGUAACGAAGCUGCAAGUGCAUUCUAUGCAACAG